AUGUUCAUAUCCCACCUGCCCGGCCUCGACAGCGCAGAUGGUGACAGUGCGGAUGGCGACAAUGCAUCCUGUGCUGACGAGAACACUUCGAGCGUCAACCUGAGCAACACGACCUUCAUGCGGUCACUUGUCCGGCGCUUCUUCGUCGCAGAGGACACGCCAAGCCGUGAGGCGAUCGCCUUGGAGAAGGUCAUCAAGAAGCGGCAUCGGUACAUUACCGAGAAGAUGGAGACAGACCUGGCCGUGGUGCGGCAGUUCACGGUUCCGUCGGUGCUGCCUGCUUGGCCCACCUCCGAGAAGCAGGACUAG